AGUCGACAUGGCAUGUGCCAAAAAGAAGCAGGACGAGAAAAACCUGAAGACGUUGCGCCAGCUCGUCUCACAGCCAGGCAACAAGGAGUGCUUUGACUGCCAGCAGCGUGGACCUACUUACGUCAACAUGACAAUAGGUUCUUUUGUCUGUACCACUUGCUCGGGCAUGCUGCGAGGUUUGACGCCACCGCACCGGGUCAAGUCGAUUUCUAUGGCGACGUUCACGCAGGAAGAGAUCGAUUUUUUGAAGGAGCGUGGCAACGAGUUCUGCCGUGCUAUCUGGCUGGGUCUGAUGCCGCAAAGUACGAGUCACAGUAACAAAGAUGAACAAAAGAUGAAGGACUUCAUGAGCGCCAAAUAUGAGCUUAAGAGGUACUACUUGGAUCCCGCAAUGGCCAGUCAGUUGCUCAGUCAGAAGCCGUCCUCCCUGCACCACAGCAGCACGUCUAGCAAGCACAGCAGCUCGAGAAGCAACAGCUCGUCCUCGUCGAGCCUGGCUGCGGCUACGUCCACGAUAGUAAAAGCACCGCCCAACAAGUCUCUGUCCUCGCCCGUCCCGCUCUCCAUUAAAAUUACGAUCCCAACUGCAACCAAGGAAACUGAACAGUCGCACCACCAGCUUGUCAACUCGAGUAUCAGCAGCAAUGCGAGCUUCGUAGCCGAUUUUAGCAAAGUGCCUGCCCCCGCUUCUUCACCUCUCACCAUUCCGCCCUUGAACAAAGUUCCGCAGCCACAGCCCAUCGUUCCGCAGCCUUCCUUUGCCAACUUUGAGAACAAUCCUAUCUUCGAUUCAUCCAAAGCCAAUCAAACUACUCCGCUGUCGCCUGUCUCUCAAAAUAUCAUAACAAGUACAAUUGCACACACAAAUGGCACGACGGCUAGCACUACUCCACUUCCUCCUUCCGAGGACAGAUACGCCGCUCUGAAAGAUUUGGAUUCAAUGAUGAAGCAAGAAAACCUGAAAGAUGAGCCAAUUUCUAAUAAAACAUCAUGGAAUCUGAAAGAUAAUAAUAAUGCUGCAAACUCUGCAUGGUCUGCAUUUGACCAAACUAGUUCUCCCUUUAUUUUAAAUCCUUUUACUAAUAAUAAAUGGUGGCUGAAUAAAGAACUCUAUAGUAAUAAUAAUAACAAUAACAAUAAUAAUAAUCAUCACCAUCAUAAUGGCAACAAUAAUAAUUUUCAACCCUUUGAAAAUAACGUGUGCAAUACGGCAAAUCCAUUUAGACAGACACAAAUGCCGGUGACAAAUAAUGAUUCAUGUUGGUACAGCCGAGACACUCAGGAAAAUAUUACGUCUAGUCACUUAUCGCCCUUAUCGAACAAAACGUGGCAACCCGCUGUGACAGCAUUCAGAGCCAAUCCUUUUGCUGUUGGUUCCGGCAUCGAAAAUACGACGCGGAAUUCAAACAAUCCUUUUUUGUGAUCAGUUGCUUUAAGGCUUGGAUAAAUACGAACAAAUGAUAAAUAAUAUUAUCUGCACGCUGCAACGUGUGUAGAUUACGAAAAAGAAUUUUUAUUGUACAUGACUAAAUAUGGCAGUUAGUGCUGUUAAUAUUAAUCUCUCUAGGAGCACCAAUCUCUCUAUCUUUAUAUCUUUUUGGUUAAUACUAGUAUAUUAUUAUUUAAAAAUUAAUUACGCAUACAAUUAUUAAAAUUAAAAAGAUUAACGAUUGUUAUUGUUCAUUAUUUUGCUGUAAGGCCGAGAUAAUAAUGUGGCAACUAUUUUUGCUGCUUGCUUGAACUUUUACCUUUUUAUAGUGAUUUUUUUAUUGAGCCAAGAAAAAUAAAACUAAACAUGUUGUCUUAA